AUGUCGGUUAACGCUGCUAGCAUGCUGAAUAUUGGGGGCGAAAGGACAAGUGGAGAGUCCGUUCGUAAACAAAAUGUUCUCGCAGCCUGUUCAAUCGCUAACAUUGUUAAAACCAGCCUUGGUCCUGUUGGAUUAGACAAAAUGUUAGUGGAUGAUGUUGGAGAUGUUACAAUUACCAAUGAUGGAGCAACAAUCUUAAAACUACUUGAUGUUGAACAUCCUGCAGGAAAAAUUCUUGUUGAAUUAGCUCAAUUACAAGAUCAAGAAGUUGGGGAUGGAACAACUUCUGUUGUAAUAUUAGCCGCUGCAUUACUUAAAAAUGCUGAUGAAUUAAUUUCGAAAUAUGUUCAUCCAACAACUGUAAUCAAUGGUUAUCGAUUGGCUUGCCGAGAAGCCUGUAAAUACAUUCAAGAGCAUAUGGUGUUUGAUGUUAGUAAGCUAGGCAAAGCAGAGUUAAUUAAUGCUGCAAAAACGGCUAUGUCGAGUAAAAUUAUCAAUUUAGAUGCAGAUAAAUUUUCUAAAAUGGUUGUCGAUGCUGUUAUGGCUGUUGAAGUGAGUGGUGCUGGCAAAGAUCCAGUCUAUCCAAUAAAAGCAAUCAAUGUUUUAAAAGCUCAUGGAAAAUCAAUGUCAGAGAGUAUGCUGAUUGAUGGUUAUGCACUGAAUUGUACUGUUGCUAGCCAACAAAUGCCACGUAUUGUCAAGAAACCAAAAAUUGCCUUCUUAGACUUUAGUUUACAGAAAAUUAAAAUGAAACUCGGUGUACAAGUUGUUGUAAAAGAUCCUAGCCAGCUAGAAGCAAUUCGACAACGUGAAGCUGAUAUCACUAAAGAGCGUAUCCAGAAAAUCUUGAGUUCUGGUGCUAACGUUAUACUAACCACCGGUGGUAUCGACGAUCUGUGCAUGAAGUAUUUUGUUGAAGCCAAUGCUAUGGCAGUUCGACGAUGCAAAAAAGUCGAUCUAAAGAAUAUGGCAAAAGCUACUGGUGGUCAACUGAUUGUCAGUUUAGCAGAUAUGGAAGGUGAUGAAGUUUUUGAUCCAACAAAAUUGGGCACUGCAGAAGAAAUCUCUCAAGAAAGAAUAUGCGAUGAUGAAUUGAUUAUUCUAAGAGGUCCUAAAGUUCGACCAUCAGCAAGUAUCAUUCUGAGAGGUGCUAAUGACUUCUAUGUGGAUGAAAUGGAACGAUCUCUGCAUGACGCCUUACUGGUGGUUAAACGAGUUCUGGAGAGCAAACGUAUUGUCCCCGGUGCUGGAGCUUGUGAAGCCGCCAUAUCAGUUUACCUGGAAAAUUAUGCUGUUACUUUAAGCUCACGUGAACAACUUGCAAUCGCCGAGUUUGCUCGUGCUAUGCUAUCCAUUCCAAAACAGUUGGCUGUUAAUGCUGGUCUUGACUCGACUGAAUUACUUGCUCGUCUGCGAUCUUGUCAUUUUUCAAGUCAAACCAAAGCUGAUCAAGCGCAUUACAAAUGGUGGGGAUUAGAUUUAAAUAACCAACGUGUUGCUGAUUGUCGAGAAUUGGGUGUCUUUGAACCGUUAAUGUCAAAAAUUAAAAGUUUAAGAUUUGCAGCCGAAGCGGCUAUCACAAUUCUACGCAUUGAUGAUUUGAUCAAGUUAAGAGAAGAAAAACGACAAGAUCAUGAUGAUGAUUGUUACUAG